UGCAGCUCUGUCCGGCGGCGGCAGAGAGGGGAUGACUGGGACUGACUUACCUCAAAGUAGCAACUCUAUGAACCAAACUCCCCGCGGGUCACAGAGACGCCAGGUCUCCUCCUGAAUCACACUUUACGCGCCUCGCUGCGUCUGGAGAGCUGCGUCUGGAGACUACACGGGGCACAGUGCACAUCCACUCUCAACUUGGAAAACUUUUUUUGAAUGAACCGGGUCACGCUUGCGUACAGAGCGCUUCUCCCUGGUGAACUUCUUCUUGAUUUGAACUUUGUGUCGUUAUUUAACGUUGGGAUACAGUUUUCCUCUAAGAAUAAAACUCGUGAUGGCUCUCCUGUCACUAGCGUUUCUACUUUUAGGAUUUAGUCUGACCACAGCUGCCAAGGCUGGAGAAGUAGAUAGAGAGGACCAACUGAAGAAGCGGCUGAAGGAAUACGGCCUUGUAACUCCGUUUAGCACAGACUCUCAUGGACACUACCUCUCUCACCUGCUGUCUUCUAUGCACAAACAUCGCUAUAAGAGAGACACAGAAACAGAACAGAACAUUUUCUUCAACAUUUCUGCCUUCGGGAAAGAGUUUCACCUGCGUCUGCGACCUAACCAUCGCCUCGUUGCUCCGGGGGCCGUGGUAGAGUGGCACGAAGAGGAGGACGUUGGAAGCUUAACAACAGAUUUGGAGCCCGGCGCGAACCAAACUGAACUCCGACGGGAACUACUGAAGACUGACUGCACAUUCGUAGGCGACAUCACCGACGUCCCCGGAGCCUCGGUUGCCAUUAACAACUGCGAUGGACUGGCUGGGAUGAUCCGCACAGACUCCGAUGAGUACUUCAUAGAGCCGUUGGAGAGGGGGACUCAGGAGCUGGAAGAUCAGGGAAGAGUCCAUGUGGUUUAUCGGAGGUCAGCCGUUCUCCAGGACAAUGAAGCCUCUGCAGACCGUAAGCAAACAGAGCGAGGUCUGGACGUGGCUGGCGCUCUGGACUCCGUGGCCCGACAGGUGAAUAACACUGUGUAUCAGCGGCACAGACGUGACGCCGGAGAGAGCAAAUACAACAUCGAGAUCCUGCUGGGAGUGGAUGACUCGGUGGUCCGCUUUCACGGAAAGGAGCAUGUGCAGAACUAUCUUCUGACACUGAUGAACAUAGUCAAUGAAAUUUAUCACGAUGAGUCUCUGGGAGUGCACAUCAACGUGGUGCUGGUGAGGAUGAUCAUGCUUGGAUAUGCCAAGUCUAUCAGCCUGAUUGAAAGAGGCAACCCAUCGCGCAGCCUGGAGAACGUUUGCCGCUGGGCGUUUGGACAACAGAAGGGGGAUGUGGACCACGCAGAACACCACGAUCAUGCAAUCUUCCUCACUCGCCAAGGCUUCGGCCCCACGGGGAUGCAGGGUUACGCUCCAGUCACGGGGAUGUGCCACCCAGUCCGGAGCUGCACACUCAACCAUGAAGACGGAUUCUCCUCCGCCUUUGUGGUGGCUCAUGAAACUGGACAUGUGUUGGGCAUGGAGCAUGACGGUCAGGGGAAUCGCUGUGGGGAUGAGACAGCCAUGGGCAGUGUGAUGGCCCCUCUGGUGCAGGCGGCUUUCCACAGAUAUCACUGGUCCAUGUGCAGCGGGCAGGAGCUCAGGCGAUACAUACAAACGUAUGACUGCCUGCUGGACGACCCGUUCAAACACGAAUGGCCACAGCUUCCUGAACUCCCUGGAAUCAAUUACUCCAUGGACGAGCAGUGUCGCUUUGACUUUGGGGUCGGCUACAAGAUCUGCACAUCUUUCCGUACCUUUGAUCCCUGCAAACAGCUUUGGUGCAGUCACCCGGACAACCCGUACUUCUGCAAAACCAAGAAGGGCCCACCGCUGGACGGGACUGAAUGUGCUACUGGAAAAUGGUGUUACAAAGGUCACUGCAUGUGGAAGAACCCUAAUCAGGUCAAACAAGACGGAGCCUGGGCCUCAUGGAGCAAAUAUGGUUCGUGCUCACGAUCAUGUGGAACUGGGGUUCGGUUCAGGACACGGCAGUGCAAUAACCCCGCGCCCUCGAAUGGUGGCCAAGACUGCCAAGGACUCAACUAUGAAUUCCAGCUCUGCCACACGGAGGACUGCCCCAAGCACUUUGAGGAUUUCCGUGCGCAGCAGUGCCAGUUGCGCAACCCCCAUUUUGAAUUUCAAAACGCCAAACACCACUGGCUUCCGUAUGAACAUCCAGACGCCAAUAAGAGGUGCCACCUGUACUGCCAGUCAAAGGAGACGGGGGAUGUGGCGUACAUGAAGCAGCUGGUGCAUGAUGGGACUCGUUGUUCAUAUAAAGACGCCUACAGUAUCUGUGUGCGAGGGGAGUGUGUGAAAGUUGGUUGUGACAGAGAGAUUGGUUCCAACAAAUUAGAAGACAAAUGUGGUGUGUGUGGUGGGGACAACUCUCACUGUCGCACAGUUAAAGGGACCUUCACCAGAACGCCAAAGAAAGCAGGUGUGGUUAAGAUGUUUGACAUUCCCCCGGGAGCUAGACAUGUGACCCUCCAAGAGCACGAGUCCUCUCCUCAGAUUCUGGCCAUCAAGAAUCAGGCGACGGGGCACUACAUCUUGAAUGGGAAAGGCGAUGAGGUUAAAUCGAGGAGUUUCAUUGACUUGGGUGUGGAGUGGCACUACAUUAUGGAGGACGAAGUGGAGACUCUGCACACAGACGGACCCCUGCAUGACCCUGUGGUAGUUCUGAUUAUACCAAAGAACAAUGACACUCGCUCUACAUUAAUGUACAAGUACAUCAUCCAUGAAGAUUCAGUUCCUAUUAACAACAACAACGUGAUUCAGGAGGACACGUACGAGUGGGCACUGAAGAGCUGGUCUCAGUGUUCUAAGGCCUGUGCCGGAGGUUAUCAGUACACCAAAUACGGCUGCAGAAAGAAGGGUGACACCAAGAUGGUUCACAGAGGAUACUGCGAUGCCAGUAAGAAGCCCAAGCCCAUCAGACGAAUGUGCAACCUCCAGGACUGCAGCCAGCCUCAAUGGACUUACGACGAGUGGGAGCACUGUACCAAAACGUGUGGCAGCCUGGGCUUUCAGAUUCGGACUGUGCGCUGUAUUCAGUACCUCCACGAUGGCACCAACCGCUCCAUCCACACUAAGUACUGCAGCGGAGAGAAGCCUGAGAGCCGUAGAGCGUGCAACCGCAACCCCUGCCCCUCUCAGUGGAGGACAGGGCCCUGGUCUGAGUGCUCUGUGACGUGUGGCGAGGGCUGGGAGCGGCGCAUGGUCACCUGUCGCAUUGGAGACCAGUGUUCAGGAGACAAACCGGAGACUUUGCGGCAGUGUAGACCCAGGAUCUGUCACGAUGAACCCUGUAAUGGAGACAAAUCCAUAUUUUGCCAAAUGGAGGUCCUCGCCCGCUACUGCUCUAUUCCUGGAUACAACAAACUGUGCUGUGAGUCGUGCAGGCUGCGCAGCGGAGCAGUUUCUUUGUUCUCCGAGGCAGCAGAGGCCGACGAGCAUUUACGCUUCGGAUCAGCCUCGCAACUCCUGGAGACCCUCACAGCCGCGGCCGCUAAUAACACUCGCGGGGGUAAGCAAGGAUCUAGCAGAACAUCAGCCACGACCGGCAGAGUAGCGAGCACAUCAGGCAGCGCGACCAAAGCCCGAACAACCUCUGCCCCGCUCAAGAAGGGCACAUCAAAAAGCACCACUGCUCCGAGGAGGCUUCCACGGCAGCUACGCCCCACUGCAGCCCCCCCUCAUGGACAAGCAGCCCUCCGUCAAAGCUCCACUGGCUCCAGUCGAUGGCCCACGGCUUAUUCUCAAGUGGAGAGAUGAAAGUGGAACCCAGCGCUGGAGGACUUUGAUGUACACUAGAAAAUCCAACUUCAUCCCCAAUCUUCUAACGUCAUAUGUCACACAGCAGACAAAUACAGAGAAAGAGAAAAGUGCUGGUUCACUUUGUUUAGCCCCUGACAUGAGACUGACCGUCUUCACUCCUCAGCAUUUGAACUGAAGCAAACAUAUUUAUUCAUUCACUGGUUUAUAGUAGCAUCAGGUAGGGGCACAAAGUCCAAAGGGAAUUUUCCUUUAUGUCAGAUGAAAGAAUCACAGCUCUUUCCACAGCUCAUGCUUUUUAUAGGUUGCGUUCACAGUGUCAAGAUUUCAGAUGGAGGGCAGGGCUCUGAAAACACCUACACUUUUGAUUCACAUUGAACCAUGUUAUUAUUUAUUAGGGAUUGGCUCCACAAACUUGUUCAGAACAAUCACAUCUUUGGUAUUGAUUAAUGGCAUCAUUUUCUGAAAUGAGUUGGCCCAGUAAUUGCAGAGAUAUUAAGCAUAAAUCAGGACAGCAAAUCUGACUGUUAAACAGCAAAUAAAGUCGACCAUAAAUUUCUGACCUGUCCCCCCAGCUCAGAUUUAAAUUAUAGAGAUUAGAAUGUUUUGAUGUGAACACAGCCUAUAGAGCUCGGGACCAAACGUCUAAACGCUCAUUUUAUUAUUUGUGUUGCAGCAGUGAAAACAUCCACUGAGACAUGUAGUAGCAAAACAAUUAAGUUAAAAAGAGAACAAAAGCAUCGUUACAAACCUGAUGAGCUGCUGGAUCAUUACUGGUGAAAUGUAUCACUGGGUGAGAAGAUGUUUAUGCAAAACAUACAACGACAAUGUUUAUAGAACUUAUUCAAGGAUGAUAAACCAUCUGACACAUUUGAAACUCUCUUUACUGUUCACAACUUUACAGUGCUGUUUCUAUCAGCAGUUACUGUGAACUGCAAGUAUUUGUACAAUUUCCCAAGUACAACAAGCCAAUAUAAAUGUUACCAAAGAAUAUGUACUCCACUCUUACCCGACAGAUUACAGUAAUAACUCAUUAAGAACAGAAUGAUAUUCAAAAAAAUGAGAUGCAUUUAUUCUGUAAUCUCAGGUUUUCACAUGCUGCUCUCUCGAGCUGUGUGUUAAAAUCUGAACAUACUUGGAUGGAAACUAUUUAAUAUUUAUGUGCUGAUGGAACUGAAAAGGGACGACAUAUGUGGAUUUGUAGGUUCAGCUUGGUUUUGUACUGAAAAUUCUGGUAUAAAACUAGACGAUAACGCCAGAUUCUCCUGAUUUUUAUCAUUAGACUAGAAUUUCUUUUCAGUCGUAUAAAACAUGUCAAGCUUAUAAAACAAACAUCUUUGUAUUCAACAAAAGUGAAACACAACUUCAUCAGAUCAUCACCAAAGGCAGUUUUGUGCAGCUCAUAAAGUCUGGAAUUUGGCUUUGGUGCAAACAGAACUGAUAUUCACCCAAACAAAGCUUGAUUUUAGCACCUUUCAGUCUCCUUCUGAUUUGAUUUCAUGUGAGCCGCUACAAUGCCGAACUGACAGCACCCAAAGCUGGACUUCUAUGUAAAAAGUGUUUUUCCCAAACUAUUUUGAAAUAGCUUUUUUAAAGCGUGAGGGACACUUUGGAGAGUAAACAUUAUUUAUUUAAAAAGGAUAUUCUCUCAACCACCAUGCAUCUGACUGCAAUAGAAAAAAGCAUUUUUAGUAGUUCAAACUCACACUCCAGUGUGCCAGUGUAUAGUUCCUGUAUAUAGCAUUGAGUGCAUAUAUUUAUUGAAAGUAAGGCUAUGCUCUGUUCCUCCGUGUGUUCAGUACCAGUUGGGCAAUAAGCUGUUAACCAGGAGUAAAGUUCUGUUUCAUCAUAAUUCAAAAUGGACUUCUGCUUUUAUAGAAAUAACAUUGUUUUAGCAAACAAUUAGAUGUAAAUAUACAAGCUCAAUUUUGAGAUGUUUAACUUUUUGUAAGAAAGCUGUUUUUUUACAGCUGUUUUGUAGCUGACUGGUUACUUACAUGAUCAAACCAAUGUCUUAUUGUAACCAAUAAAUCAGAAUAGUAUUACCAGUGAGUCCAUAACAUUGUUUUUAUGGUGUUCGUAGUUGUCAGUAUUAUUUCCUUCCUUCAUCUCCUCACUGCCUUAACAACACUGCUGCUAAUGCUACGCAGAGCGAGUUAGGAGACAUAGGUUAGCUGUAGAUCCUUGACAAUCCCUGAGCCUCAGACAGACGUGCUGCGUGGCCGAUCCUUGUACUGUAUCACCCUGUGCUGCUGCCGGUGUAUCGCGACAGCACACGCUCUCAUGCUUUCCUUUGUUUUUGUCUAGAUCCAAGUGUACACUACUGAUGCUGUUUGUUGUUAUGGGGAGCACAUAGUAAUAAAUUACAUAAUUAAAUAUA